CAUGUCGGCCUUUGAGUCGAUUACGACGCGUAGCACAGAUAGAUCACAAAAAUCCCAAUUGGUUGAAUAACUCCUUUAAUCUUCUUUAGUCUUUUUUUUGCAUAUAUUAAUGGCGUAUAUAUAUAUAUCAAUUCAAUUACUCAGUUCACAUACCCACCUCCUUCUUCAACCCAGAAAUUCAUCCUUUUUCCCCCACACUCAUUCUCAACUCUACUACUUUUUGGGAGAAAUAUAACCAGAAGCUCCUUCUGUUCUUAUUAAUUCAUCAUAAUUCAAUCACCCUUUACUUCCAUUUCUUCAAUUUCCCCAUUUUUGAGCUGGGAUUUUCUGGGUAACACAAAGAUUUUUAAAAUUUUGGGGAUGAAGAACACUCCAUUUCGUGUUCUUUUCAAUUGGGUUUCAAUCAUUGUGUUUUUCAUCUUCCUUUACAAUUCAAAAUUUGCUGAUAACCUGAGUUUUCGAAGUGGGGUUCAUCAUCAAAUUGGGGGAAAACAUGGAAGAAUUACUGCAGAAAUCCAUGGAGCUUCUCCAUCAACUGGUAACAUAACUUUAGCUGAUUAUCAAUUCUGUUCUCAAAUUUCUAACCACAAAGGUUAUGAAAACAGUUGUGAUUAUAUUGUUGCUCACCCAGAAUGUAAUUCAGGUGGGUAUUUCAAUUAUAUGAAGUUCAUCUAUUGUGAUUGCAAGAAUUUCACCUAUAUUGGGUACAUAAUUCUUGCAUCUUGGCUUGCAAUACUGUUCUAUUUGUUGGGAAAUACUGCUGCAGAUUACUUUUGUUGUUCAUUAGAAAAACUUUCAGAACUUCUGAAAAUGUCUCCUACUGUUGCUGGUGUUACGUUGCUUCCAUUUGGUAAUGGAGCUCCGGAUGUAUUUGCUAGCAUUGCUGCCUUCAUGGGUCGGGGCUCCGGGGACGAUGUGGGUAUUAAUAGUGUACUGGGUGGUGCUGUGUUUGUUGUUUGUGUUGUUGUUGGAGUGGUUUCUUUGUUUAUUGCUGAUAAAAGUGUGCAAAUUGAUAAGAAAUGUUUUGUAAGAGACUUGUGUUUCUUUCUCUUCACCAUAUUUUGCCUUACAUUGAUACUGAUUAUUGGUAAGGUGGGAAUUUGGGGUGCUAUUGCUUUUGUGUCAAUAUAUGCUGUUUAUGGGUUAUAUGUAGCUGUAACUGAGAUUAUGAACAAAAAGGGUAGAGCUUCAAAAUCAGAGGGUUUGACACCAUUGCUACCUGUAGUUGGGAGUUUGUUUGAUGAUCAUGAUCAGUCGAUAAACGCCUCGUUGCUUAGGCCCGAAAACCCUGAUAGCCCAUCUGAAACACCCUCAAAGCUACCUCAUUGGAUAUGGAAUACCAAUUUUGCAAUCUAUUCAGAUUAUGUAAAGUCUUCUGUACAAGAUAACUCAAGGCCUUUGUGGGGUUGGAAUGAUGAUGGACUAAACAUGAAUGAUGAUAAUUCACCAUGUUCAUUUUCAAUGUUAUACUCAAUCUUGGAAAUACCCUUAAGUAUUCCUAGACGUUUAACAAUCCCUGUAGUUGAGGAAGAAAGAUGGUCUAAAGUAUAUGCAAUAGCCUCUGCAUUUUUAGCCCCUGUUCUUCUUGCUGUUCUAUGGAAUACACAAGAAGACCUCAACCCUUUAAGUGGGAAACUUGCUUAUUUCAUAGCUUUCUUUUCUGGUUUCACCUUCAGUAUACUUUCCUUCCUAUACACAAACCCCGAACACCCACCUCGUAGUAGUACCUUCUUGUUCCCAUUUGUUUUUGGUGGGUUCUUCAUGAGUAUCAUAUGGUUCUACAUCGUAGCAAACGAGCUUGUUGCUUUGCUUGUUUCAUUAGGUACCAUUUUCGGUGUUAACCCAUCAAUGCUAGCUUUAACCAUAUUAGCAUGGGGGAAUUCAAUGGGUGACCUAAUGUCAAACACCGCCUUAGCUAUGCACGACAACAAAGGUGUUCAAAUUGCUAUGUCGGGAAGCUAUGCAGGUCCUAUGUUUAACACAUUGAUUGGUUUGGGGAUUUCUUUGGUUCUUGCAGCAUGGUCUAAGGGUUCUUCAGCACCUUAUGUAAUCGAACAAGAUAAUGCUGUGUUCAUUACGAUGGGGUUCUUAGCAGCAGGUCUUGUAUGGGCUCUUAUAGUUUUGCCACUAAGUGAUAUGCGCCCUAAUAGGGUUUUGGGAAUUGGUCUUAUAAUCAUUUAUGCUGUCUUCCUGUCUCUUCAGAUCAGUAUUGCUGUGAUUUCAGGCUCACAGUCGAUGUAAGUACACGACAUUUCUGUACAUAAAUAGAUGUAAUCUUGGUUGUAAUGUAUGAUAUGGCUUGUAUAGUUGCUCAUGCUAGGUAUUUUUUGGACUUAAAUAGUCUAUCUUAAUGGAAGGAAGGGGGAUCAAUUGCCUUUUGUAAUACUGUAUUCAGCUCUAACAGAAGUAAAAUCAUCAGCUUCUCGGCCUUGCCCGAUCUUCAUUGUUGUAAUAGAACUCUUUUUCUUAGGCCUUGUUCUCUUCACCUGAUCUGAUCUGAUUUUUCUAGUUUCUGAUCUGGUCAGAAUGUUUUGUGUGAGUGUUUUUUGCCUUUUCUGGGUCUGAUGUAAUAAGCAAUAAGAAUGAGUUGAAGUGAUUUAGUGCC